UCCCAAAUUCCAUAAUCACAUAAUUAAGCAUAAUUAUGCUUCUUAAGCAUUAUGUUUAAUUUUGUGUAAUUUUGUUUUAUAACUCUAGCGCAAUUCGUUUCUUGUCAAUCGGAUGAGAGAAUCGAAUUCGGGAGCGAAAAGAAUGAAUUUCGCAGUCAAAGCGGACUCUUUCCUUACCAUGUGGGACCCACCAGCUGGCCGGCCCCACACCUCACUCUCUCUCCCUCACUCGGCUGCCAACUCCACAGCAGCCCCACCUCACUCCCGUGCCUCUCCCGUGCAAGCAAGGGAGCCACCUCCCUCUCUCACUCUCUCAAGCCCCUCUCCCUUUCUCCCUCAAAUCCGUGCUCUAGGAGCCGAAUCAAGGGUUGAAAAGUGAAGAACGCCGGAAUUCUUCGAUUUCCCACCGUUUUCUUCAUCACCCGGCGGCCACUAACCUUCACAAGUGUUGUGGAACGCGCUGAUCCAUCGAUCCCGGAGACCGAGGUCGAUCCCGAGGCGCCGCACCUUUGUGAACCAGUGCAUCAAGUAUGGUGAGAACUCGUCGUGAGUCGGAUGAUCCCGAGGGCUCGAAUGAGAAUAACCCUCCCCCGCCGCCAACAAUGGCGGAAGUGCUCAUGCAGAUUGAGCAGAACCGCCAGACUAAUCAGGCGCUUCUGGAGGCUCUCGUGCGCAACACGACUCCUCAUGGAGGGGGUGGAGCCGGGCGCCGAGAUGAUUUCUCGGAUUUCCUGAGGACUCAGCCGCCGGUUUUCUCGCGGGUUGAGGAUCCUCUGGAUGCCGACCACUGGCUCCGGACUAUCGAGCAGAAACUUGCUCUCCUCAGAUGCGAGGAUCACGAGAAGACGCUCUUCGCCGCCCACCAACUUCAGGGCCCGGCGGGCGCAUGGUGGUCCAACUACUUGGCCAUGCACCCUGCCAACCACCAGGUGUCUUGGGCGGAGUUCCGCCAGGCAUUCCGGGAUUUCCACAUUCCCAAGGGUCUUAUGGAGAUCAAGCGACGGGAAUUCAUGGACCUCAAGCAGGGAGGCCGAUCGGUGAUGGAAUAUGUGCAGGUGUUCAACCACCUUGCACAAUAUGCUCAAGAUGAAGUGAGCACUGACGAGCGGAAACAAUACCGCUUCAUUAACGGUCUCAAUUCAAAGAUGCAAGACCGGUUGUCGGCGCACGAGUUCGCCGAUUUCAACAAACUUGUGAGCACCUCGCUCACGGUGGAGUUCAAGCUCAAGAACCACCAGGAGGAGAAGAAGCGCAAGAGGGGUCCCUCGCCUUCUGUGGGCGGGAGCUUGCAGCGCGCCCGCACGGAGAGUCUACCUCCACCAUCUCGCGUGCCGGCAUCAAGUGCUCCUCGUCCGAUGUGGCUCGUGCAACGCCCGUCGUUCUCAGCUCCACAGGGACAGCCUCCACGACCGACCGCUUCGCAAGUGAGCGUGACUGGUGGCCCUGGCGGCCCAUGCUACAACUGCGGCCGUGUCGGCCACUACGCGCGGGAUUGCCCCUACCCGAGGUCGGGAGCCGUGGUGACCGCUCCAAGGCCACCACCGGCUCAAUCUGGACCACAGUCCUCUCAGGCGACCCACGUCCCCAAGCGUGGCCGAGCACGCCACACCACCGCUGAAGACGUUCACGAGAGUGACACCGUCCUGAUGGGUACGUUGAUUGUGCAUUCACAUUCUGUCAUAGCUCCAGCAGUUGUUCUUUUCGAUUCUGGAGCUUCUCACUGCUUCAUAGCGGCAAGUUAUACUCAGCGUCAUGGGUUGACAGUCAGCACCACCCCUACGCCCUAUCUUAUAGAUGCACCUGGAGCCAAGGUCCUUAUUAAGCAAUGCGUGUCCAACGCCUCGAUAAUCAUCAAUGAGAUAUCUUUUGGGGCAAAUUUGCUAGUGAUGAACUCGAAGGGAAUAGAUAUUAUAUUGGGGAUGAACUGGCUCACCAAGAAUGAGGCAGUCUUAGGUUGUGCUCAGCGGACAGUUACUCUAAAUGGUCCGUCCAACACUCGUAUUCAAUUGAAGCUUGAGGGUGACAAAUCUUGUCUUUUUGCCUUGAAGGCUAUCCCCCACCGUAGACAUGAUGAGUAUUCCUGUGAUGAGGGUUUCUACGACAACUUUAUUUCUCCUUCCGAUGAACCAGUGAUCGAUCAGGUGAAUUUCGGUGAUGAUUCAAACGACGAGGACCAAUCUCCGGUUGCCAUGGGAAAUAUUCUUGGGGGUGCUGGAACCAAGCAAGGUGCUAUCAACGGAUGCUGGACCUUCUCUCCAGAUCUAUGGAAUGUAAGAUGGUCAGCAAGGUUUUGCUCCAGGAUGAUCAAGAAAUACAAUGAAAGCACAAAUCCCAUUGAGUUUCUCCAAAUCUAUACCAUGACCAUCCAGACAGCUGCUGGUCACGAGAAGAUGGGGAAUGAAACCUUGCGUGAUUUCGUGCAUCGCUUCAACAAUACUCGAAAUACCAUCCCCAAGAUUAGCGACUACGAUGUCAUACAGACAUGUAAUCAAGUGGUUAAGAGGUGGCAUUGCGUUGAGCACAUCUCCAUAAAGGAGCCUGAAACAGUUAAGGAGCUCAUGCAAAUCGAUAAGUAUGCUAGGGCCGAGGUUGCGCUCGUCUAUGUUCAAGAAAAGACUCAUGGCAUUAAGCGUCUUUAA